GACGGGAUUGUUGAUGCUUGUGAAUAUAAGGUAACAGCACUGAUAUCAAAUUUUCAGAGGCAGAAUCAGAAGAUUUCCGCUGUUCAAUUCUGUAAUCUAUUCAUGAGGUCAGAAGUUGGAGCCUUUAAAAGCCUCCAUUUCUCUCUUCCUUUACAGAACAUCAGGAGACAGAAACUUCAACUGUCAUCAACAUCAAAGACAUUAACACCAACAACAGCAACUACAAAAAACAAUUUAGAUUCUUCUUUUUCUAUGGCUGCCAUGGAUGAUGGUAUUGUUCAUCAUCAUGAUGAUGCUGCUGAAGUUGGUUUUGAAGAAGGAAUGCUCUGGCUACCCUCUCAUGUUUUGGACGAGGCGUGCGGCACUAAGGUUCAUACUAGGAACCGAAUCCAUAAGGUCCAAAACCAGCAUCAAUUGCAUCAUCAUCAACAGCAUAAUAACAAAUCAUGUGAAAAACAAUCACAGUACUCAAAAUCUAGCACAAGAUCAUCAUUGCAUCAAUGGCCAAAUAGUAAAGUUAUUGUUAAUGGUGGACCUGGAAUGCAAGCUAUUUUCUUAGGAUCAAGUCAAAGGUCUUGUGGCACUGGUGUCUUCUUACCACAUCGAGCAGGCACAAAUAAUUUCCAACCAACCAAAAAGCCAGCUUGUUCUCCGGUUCUUCUUCCAGCAAGAGUUGUUCAUGCUCUGAAUCUUAAUGUUCAAGCAUUAGGAGUUCACAUUUCACCCCCUCAAGUUCAUAAAUCUAACACAAGAUGUGAAGGGAUGGACAAUAAUUAUUCUAAUAAUAAUAGUUCAACAAAAAAGAAAAGUGAUCAGAAAGAAGUCUCUAAGCAAUGUAGUGUUAUUUCUCAGAAUCAAAGUUCUUCUUCAGAGAUAUUUCUUCCAAAGGAAUGGACUUAUUAAUUAGCAAGCUAAUCAUAUUUCAAUAAUAUUGAAGAUCAGUUAUAAAUCUGAUGUGCACACAAAUUAAAAGGGGUUAAUAUUAUGUAUUUACGUUAUAAAAUAAAUAGAAAAAAAAAUCAUGCAUCAUAUGGGAUUGGCUAUAUAUUCAUUAAAUAUUGUGCUAUGUUAGAUUUCUAUAUGAUCU